AUGGAUACAAGAUCCCUAAUUGAUAAAGCAAAGUUCAGGAAGUUGAACGACAACCGAAAUGCCAGCACCACAAGUUUAUGUGAUUUGCCCGAAGUGGUUCUCCUGCACAUCCUAAGUUUUCUUCCAUCGAAAGAUGUUGUGAGAACGAGCGCCUUGUCCAAAAGGUGGGAACAGUUAUGGAUUUCUGUUCCGAAGCUCGACUUCAAUGAUAAGGAAUUCUCCCAGAGGUUGCGCUUCAUUAACUUCGUGGAGAGAACGUUUUUGCUUCACGGUCUAUCUCCAGUGAAAGGUUUUUCUCUCUCAUGUUCCAUCCAUUACAAUAAAUCCCGCAUCAAUGCUUGGAUCACUUCCGCUAUAAGGCGCAAUGUUGAAAAGCUCCGGUUGUGCCUUGAUGUAGACAAACGUGCUGCGGUGAGUUAUAGGUUACCGUGUUGUGUAUUUAGGUGUGAAACGCUAACAGAAUUGCAUGUAGAGAUGAGUCGUCAUAUUAGGCUCACUUCAUCAGUUUGUCUGAUGAAACUGAAGGCCCUAACUCUCGUGCGGAUUGAUUUUGGGGACGACAAUUCGGUCGAAAAGCUACUUUCGGGGCCUUCCCUUGAGAAGCUGUCUCUUGACAACUGCAUGUGGUGGAAGCUGAAGGCUCUUCGUAUUUCGGCUCCGAAGCUUUUGAGCUUGUCCAUUGUUGAACUGGAGUUUUGUACGGAUUUUAAAUGUGAUUGUCGGGUAUUCAUCAUCGGAACUAGUCUAGAGUCCUUCUACUAUCACGGCGAAUGCGCUUAUGACUAUACUCUAUCUAGCUCAUCCGCUCUUGUUAAGGCUGCCAUCUCCGUGGAUCAUCCGUUCGAUGAGAAGUCGUACCAAUUCUCCUACCAUGGAUACAAGCUCUUAAAAGAUGUUGCUAAUGUACGAGAUUUAACUCUGUCUUAUGACGGUCUUCAGGAUUUAAAUGAGAGUAAGAACUUCCUUGACUCGCUGCCCAUCUUUGCGAAUCUUAAGAAGCUGGAAUUGAACAUGUAUCGUGCGUGCUUGGAAUCUAGAGCACUUCAAACGAUUCUCAGCAAAUCUUCUUGUUUGGAGAGUCUUCGGUUCCUCUCGGGUGUUCUUGUGGAGUCUGGAACGGAUGAAGGGAUACGGGAUCCGGUACCUUGGUGUUUCCCGUCGUCACUCCGAGAGAUUACAAUUCGCAACUUUCAUGAGGAUGAUGAUCAACUUCUAGCCGUGAGAGUUAUGCUUAGGACGGCUAGGGUUUUGGAGAAAAUAGUCAUACAUCGUUCCGAGUACUAUUUAGGGAGUUCUACAGAGAAGUUGAUGGAACGAUUGAGAGAGAUCCCCAAGGCUUCAAGAAUUGGUGAUUCUAUAUUGCAAUUCAUUCGAAAGGUUAUUUACCCUGUCUGCACUUUGGAAAUGAAAGGACAGUAUCUACGUAAUGUCAUUCAACUUUUAGCUCAUGAAGCCAGCAUAAAAUGGUUCUGGUUGCGAAAAAUAAGCUAUCGAAUAGAAUAG